AAUUACUCUUUUAAAAGUUUUCGAUCAACAAUUAACUAAUGCAAUAAAAUCUGGAUACUCACCGGUAAAGAUUUAUUUAUAAGUGAAACGAUUAAAUUAGAUAAUAAGACAACAAUGAUUCAUCACUCAAACGUGCAAUGAUGGAGACCGACGUGCUUCACGUUCAUUGACUUCUUCCUCAGCAUGAUUUCUCCACUUUCUCAUCCAAUCCCAUCCACCCUUGUAUAACAAUCUCUCGCCAAACGCAAGAAAAUGCGAAAAACAAAAUCAAUCAUGAAUCACAAAAGUGCAAAGCACACGCUUCUAGAGCGACCUUGGUUCAUCGUGCUGGCUCUAGCUGGACUUAUUGGUGGCGCAGUGCUCAUCACCAGUUUCAUCCGAUCUACGGACAACACUUUAUCACUAUGUUCCACGGCUAAAACAACUGCAAAAUCCAUAGCAGAAUACACAGCCACACCAAUCCAGCUCCAAUCCAUCGUCCAUUACGCAACCUCACGCACCGUCCCUCAACAAACCUUCGAUGAGAUCUCUAUCUCCUUAGAAGUCCUUAAGGACCGUUUACCUUGCAAUUUUCUUGUCUUUGGCCUCGGUCGUGACUCCCUCAUGUGGGCCUCCCUCAAUCCAGGUGGCACCACUGUGUUCAUGGAGGAGGAUCCUGAAUGGAUCCAGGCCGUCCUCAAGGACGCACCGUCCCUAAGAGCCCACCAUGUUCAGUAUCGGACCCAACUUUCUCAAGCGGACCGUCUUCUCAAAACCUACCGGUCUGAACCUAAAUGUUUACCAGCCAACGCUUUCCCCAUCCGCUACAACGAAAAAUGUCCAUUGGCGUUGACUUCACUUCCUGAUGAGUUUUAUGAUACCGAGUGGGAUUUGAUCAUGGUGGACGCACCAAAAGGGUACUUCGCAACCGCGCCAGGGAGGAUGGCAGCCAUAUUCUCAUCAGCCGUCAUGGCACGUAACCGGAAGGGUGCUGGCACGACGCACGUUUUCCUUCAUGACGUUGACCGCAAAGUGGAGAAAGCUUACGCCAAUGAGUUUCUUUGUGAGAAGUAUAGAGUCAAAUCUGCUGGUAGGCUCUGGCACUUCGAAAUACCUAACGCCGCUAACAUGAGCGACCAGCCAGGGGAUCGAUUCUGCUAGAUUGCGCCCAUAUUCGGUUAUUGGCUACUUCCUUUACAUUGAACACCGCAUAGCUCUUCUGAUUUUUAAAUCGUUUGUUUUUUUAAAUACAACUAUCCAAAGGCUUCACAUUAAAAUAAAUCAUUAAUCCUAUCGCUAUUACUCUUUAUUUUUGUAUGGUGUGCUGUAGAAAAUUACUAAAUCAAAGAUCUAGUCUUUUUGACUUGGCGUGCAAGGCUGGUUUGUCUUGGACAUCAAUGUUCGAGGCUGGUUUCAUUUUUGCUAAGUUAUAAAUUUUACAAAUUGCUAAAUGAUUCAUUGUUGUAAUAUUUAGGCGUUCUCACUUCUAUCCAGUUAAAAGAUGAUUCUAACAAAUAGGAUGGAAAUUUUAAGGUUAAAACGUUUUUUAAAAAGAGUUGUAUGCCCUUGACAAAAAAAAAAGGGGUUGUAUGAAAAAAUUUAAAAUGAUAGAGAAAGUAAACAUGGGUGCUAUCAACUUAAAAUAUCUCGUAUAUUUUAGUUAGGAGAUUGAUUCCCCCUCUCCCCAUUGGUUAUUUACAAUAAGCUAUUGAGAUCAAACAAACCUAAGAUUUUACGUACAGUUGCAAUCCUAAACUUUAUUCUGUGGAAGCACCGUAGCCUAUUGGUUAAGGUUUAAAGGUUUCUACACCCAGGUCUGGAGUUCGAAUCCCAGACUAUGAAAUUUAUUGCAGAUUACAGGAAAUCCAGAUUUCAAGUCCCGGAGAGAGCGGUUUAUUAAACAAUUAUACAGACUAAAGAGGAAAGGCUUGCAAGAGAUCUUCAACACGGUGCAAGUAAAUCUAGUCAAGCGUGGAUCUUCAUAGGACGGCUCAAGUGAUGCAGUUAGGCGUAGGUCUUCAUAAGGCAAGUAGUAUUGUCGGUUGUCGAAUCGUCUAUGUAAUCUUUCUUAUAUCAUAAUUGUAAGAUCAUAAUAAAUCAGCGUUAAAAAAAAAAAAA